GCUGACUGUUGUUAUGGCGAUGUCAGAUCUUUGAUAAAGGCACAAGAUGGCGGGUGCGUUGAGUGCCGAUCCUACUUUUUGGCACAUCUGUCAGAAUGAACUAGUGCCUCAAAGCAUCGGUUGCCAUGGCAACUUCUGGAUACUCUGAGGACCUUCAGCCUCAGCAGGCCAACACUGUAACCAUAGCAACACCUCCUGCCACCACAACCUCAUCUGCAAAGACGGCACACUUCCUGUCUGAGAUUCCACCGACCUCCGGGACCAUUAUGUCGGCUAACCAAUCAGCCGCCGCCUCAAAAACAGGACAGGGUGCACUUUGUUCUCAAGGGACGACCAUCAGCCAGAGCCAGAAGGCAGCGGUUCUGACAGCGCCCACGCAGCACUACGUGAACCCAGAAAUCCAGCAUUCUGCAACCCAGAAAAGUAACGGUCAGAGCAACUCGCCCCAGUACAUCAUCGUAACUGUCACAGAGGGCUCUGUUCACUCCACUGACAGCCUGUCCGACUCCAGCCCACCUGCCCCUGGUGUUGCUACUCAGGUGGUCCAACCAGUGGAGUCCAUCCAACAGAGGUCAGUGUUGCAAGCGGUGUCACAGGCAGCCAAGAGGAUUCAGUCUGGCCACAUCAACAAUCUACAGUCUGUGCACAUUAGGCAGGAGGUGGAGCAUGUGUACUCUGGACAGGUGCAGUAUGUGGACGGAGGAGGAGACGUGACUUUUACUACGUCCUCCAUUCGAUCCAGCAACUACCCUUUCUCCGACUCGCCCCUCUACUCCCAGACCCCUCCCACCUCCUCCUCCUCCUACUACGAGCCCACGCCCAGCACUGAGUCAGACAUCACCGGCUCUGUGACCUCGCAGCCCGUUUCUGUGGCAACAGCGGGAGCCAAUUGUGGGGGCGCUGGUGCAGGCGGAGGGGGCUAUGUCAUUCAGGGAGGUUACGUGUUAGGAGGAGGAGCAGCAGGUGGAGGAGGAGGAGGACAGACUUACUCCAAUCCUAACUCUCGUGCACCGCCCGCUACAGUGCAGUGGCUGUGUGAUAACUAUGAGGGGGCGGAGGGGGUGAGUUUACCCCGCUGCACCCUCUACUACCACUACCUGCUGCACUGCCAGGAGCAGAAACUAGAACCCGUUAAUGCUGCGUCCUUCGGCAAACUCAUCCGGUCCGUCUUCAUGGGGCUACGUACACGAAGAUUAGGGACCAGAGGGAACUCAAAGUACCACUACUAUGGUCUCAGGAUCAAAUCUGGUUCCCCGCUGCUCAGACUGAUGGAUGAGCAGCAGCACAUGGCGAUGAGGCAGCAGCCGUUCUCUCAGAAAAACAGGAUAAAGCCACUUCAUAAGGCACAGGGGCUCACCAAUGGGACGUCCGGCGGGAUGGGUCAGCAGCAGGCGGCGGCACUGUGUGAUAUUUCCGCGCAAGUGCAACAGUAUCAGCAGUUUCUCGAGACGUCUAGGGCGCUGCCAGACUUUAUGGACCUUGACCUGCAGGAUCGAACCCUGCCUGACGGGAUACUUCUAGAACACCUCAAGGCCUUCCAGACCCUCUACAGAGAGCACUGCGAGGCCAUUCUGGACGUGAUGGUCAACCUUCAGUUCACUCUGGUGGAGACACUGUGGAAAUCCUUCUGGAGGUUCAGCCAGAGCAGCGACACCGAAUCCCUCCACCUGCACAACGAGUCGGAGAAGCGUCUGCCCAAGUCGUGCCUGGUGGUGCUGUGUAAGUACGAGCCGGCGCUGCGCUGGACCAAGGAGUGCGACAACCUGCUGUACCAGACUCUGGUGGAGAUCCUCAUCCCUGACGUACUGAGACCCAUCCCCAGUGCCUUAACUCAGGCCAUUCGCAACUUUGCCAAGAGUCUGGAGAAUUGGUUGACCGGCGCCAUGAUGAACAUCCCAGAAGAGAUGGUUCGCAUAAAGGUGGUGUGCAUCGGCUCCUUCUCCCAGACGCUGCGCCGCUACACCAGCCUGAACCACCUGGCCCAGGCGGCCCGCGCCGUCCUGCAGAACACAGCCCAGAUCAACCAGAUGCUCUCCGACCUCAACCGUGUGGAUUUCACCAACGUGCAGGAGCAGGCAUCCUGGGUAUGUCAGUGUGAGGACCGGGUGGUACAGCAGCUGGAGCAGGACUUUAAAAUGACGCUGCAGCAGCAGAACUCUCUGGAGCAGUGGGCGACCUGGCUGGACGCCGUUGUCUCCGAGGCCCUGAAGCCCUACGAGCACAACCCGGCUGCCCUGCCGAAGGCCGCCAAGGUCUUCCUGCUCAACUGGUCCUUUUAUAGCUCCAUGGUCAUCCGAGACCUGACCCUGCGCAGCGCCGCCAGCUUUGGCUCCUUCCACCUGAUCCGCCUGCUGUACGACGAGUACAUGUACUACCUGAUAGAACACCGGGUGGCCCAGGCUAAAGGAGUGACACCCAUUGCGGUCAUGGGAGAAUUUGCCAGCACGGUCAAGAGCCGGAACUCUCGGGACCUGGAAAAAGAAGAAGAAGAGGACGACGAGGAAGAGGAGAGCGAAGACGAGGGCGGCGAUCUCGUACUGCAGUCCAGCUCUCUGAGCGCGAUGGAUGACGAGAAGGACCCGAUGGAGCCGCCCGCCAAGUUGCCCAGGACGACUUUCAAUCUGCACACUCUGACCGACGGCACACAACCGUAGACACUUAUUUGCAUAAUUAUCUCACCCUCCCACACACACACACACACACACACACACACACACACACACACAUACACCUUUGCUUUAAGUUGAACAUCAUGCCAUCCCAUUCUGUCGCUCUGUGUACGCUUCAGGUUUUGCGAGUCGCUGCUGUCCGGUGUCCGUGUGUGUGUCUGCGAGCGUGUCGAAAUGCGGAAGAGCCUUUUUUGUUGUUGCCAUUUCUGUACGUCAGUGCCGCCGCCUUUCUCUUUGCCCGUUUCUGAUGUUUCACAGUCCUGGCCUCGUUCCCUGUGCCUUCCGUGUUGAUACAGUGGCCAGCUGCCCGCAGCCGCUCCUGUCCAGCCUCAACCGAGCUGGACACAGUCUCGACUCCCUCCCGUCCCGCCUUAACCGCUGACCUGAUUGCUGUGGAAAGAUGAGACGUGUUCUUCAUUGUGCUCUAAACUCCAAAAUGUCUCCCACCUUGCCUUUUAAAGCGGCGACUAUGCAGGGAAGCUGGACUAUAAUGAACAGAAGGGUUUGAAAUAUCAUUUUUUAUCUGAGUAGCAUCUGGAAUGAUACUGCGUUAUAAUUUAUGUCGGGACAUGGAUGUUGAUUGACAGCUUGGUGUGGAUGCCAUAUUUGACUUAUUUUGCUUAUUAAUUUCGCCAAUUAACUGAUACCCUGUGCCUUUGAGAGAUUUGUAUUCUAUAUAGUAUGUAUCGGUGGAUUAAUAAAUGGAGGUCCUGUGAAGUAUUUUUGUUGUCAUGAAUAUUUAGCUGUGAAGAAAAUGAAGAAGAAAAGUUGACAGAUGUGUUGAUUUUGUCCGAUUUUCCGCUCUUCCACAUAUCUUCUUCUACAUAUCCAUUUGUCAUUACCUUCACAUUGAAAAUGCGGAAGGUUAUGUUUUGAUCGCCGUGUAUUCAUUUAUUUAUUUGUAUGCGUGUUAUUCGCAUAACAAAAAAAGUUUUAAACCGAAUCGCAUGAAAUUUGGUGGGAUGAUUGGUUAUUAUCCGGGGACCAUUUGAUUAGAUUUUGGAAUCGAUCGGGUCAAAGGUCAAGAAAAGGUCAAAAUCUUCUUGAAUCGCAUGUAAUUUGGUGGGAUGAUUGGUUAUUAUCUGGGGACCAUUUGAUUAGAUUUUGGGAUCAAUCGGGUCAAAGGUCAAGGUCAAGGAUAGGUCAAAAUCUUCUUUUUACCAUAGCACGGUCAAUUUUUAUCCAAUUGGCAUGCAACUAAUGCCAACAUGUUCAUAAUUCAAUGCCCAAUCUUGUGAUAUGCGAAGGUAUGCGCUCUACCGAGUGCCCAUUCUAGUUUCCUAAUGUUUAUCUCUUAUUUGACAAUCACACACACACACUGACUGCUCGACCAACACAGACACCUUCGCGGAUGCAUUGCAAGUUGAAAGGGCCACAGGACGAGGUCAAAGCUUAUCCCACCCAAUCAGCACUUACUUCACUGUAUCCAUGGCAACCGGUGUACCAGCUACAGCUAUCUCAAAAGGUUUUGUCGUGUAUGUUCUGGGUGUGUAGAUAACCGAUAUUAUGUACCUUUUGUGAACAGUCAGAUAUCCAAACUAUUUGUAUGUUGUUUAACCAUUAUUGCCUUAUUAAAUGUGUUGUGCUCUGUUGUG